AUCGCAAAAUGGCUUGACUGAGCAACGAGACGCUUUGGAGCGUUGACGUUCUUUUAUCGUCUUUAAUCAUGGACGAGCCGAAUAUCCUGAGACGACGUGGGCUGCAGAAAGAGCUGAGUCUUCCCCGAAGAGGAAAUGUCCACCAUGGAGGGCGAGAUGGAUGGAUGAAUUGAUAUGCAGUUGUUUGUUUACAUUCAAGCUUUAGCUGCAGCCAGGAAUGACGUCACUGUGAUCUUGAGAUUACAAUUUCAACAUACUGCCGACCUCAGGCAGGGGAGCAGUCAUCUCUCGAUAAUGUCGCAUGCUGAUGCGGACAGAUUUUUCCUGAAGCGUAACGGGUGACGGGAGACGUUGAAGGACGGGACAUGGCCGUAGAAGCUGCUCGUCAUCACCGAGCUGGCGAGGCGCGGGUCUCGGCUCAAUUUUUACCGAAGCUCAACGACGGAUUUUCUGCCAUCGGACCCCGCCGACGAACCGAGCUAAGCUAACCGACACCAGUGAGGCUCCGCUGGAAAAGACUCUCUGACAUGAGCCCCUGGCUGUAGAGGACAAGUCCCGUAUUUGGAGUCCCUUUAUCGGUCAUUACCAUGGCUGACCAAAACCAUUACUGGACGGUGCUACCGAGCUACAAAACAAGUUUUGUUACCGGGGCAAUGAUGAAAAGAACUAAAGGUGCCCGUAACAACAAGAGAAGGAGUUUGGCUGUUGGUACUCCUUCGCCCACGCUCUCACGACCGCUUUCACCUCUCCCGCUUGCCACAGCUAGCAGCAGCCCGUCAGAAAGCCCCAGAAACGUGUCUGCUAACAGCUCUGCUAACUUCCAGUUUACCCGCAGCCAUCUGGCCCGUACUGAAAGCAAAGGAGAUGGCAGAAGAUGGUCAGUGGCAUCAGUCCCCUCCUCUGGAUACUGUACCAAUGCACCAAGUUCAUCAGUAUCUUCCUCCUCUUCCCAGGAGCUCUUGCAUCAGCUGCCUCUCCAGCCAACUCAAGAUGAUCUCCAUUUCCUGUUUAAACAUUUCCGGAGCACGGAAAGUGUGGCGGAUGAAGAAGGACCACAUGCUUCACCGCCUGUCAGGCUGCGUUCGCGCAGUCUCAGCCCUGGACGAACCUGUGGAAUAUUUGACAAUGAGGUUGUAAUGAUGAAUCAUGUCUACAAAGAACGCUUUCCCAAGGCAACGGCGCAAAUGGAAGGCCGACUUCUGGACAUCAUCGAAGAGUGUUCGCCUGGAACUGCCCUUCCUCUGGCCGAUGGUGUCCUUGGGUUCAUCCAUCAUCAGCUGGUGGAACUGGUCCGAGACUGCUUGGAUAAGUCCCAGAAAGGCUUGGUCACUUCUCGCUACUUUGUGGAGCUUCAGGAGAAGCUGGAGAAGCUUCUGCAUGAGGCAUAUGAGCGUUCAGAGAGUGAGGAAGUGACGACCAUUACAAAACUGGUGAAAAAGAUUCUCAUCAUCAUCUCUAGGCCUGCCAGGCUCCUGGAAUGUCUGGAGUUUGACCCGGAGGAGUUUUACCAGCGUUUGGAGACUGUUGAAGGUCAAGCCAAGGUCAGCCAGGGGAUCAAGACCGAUAUUCCCAGAUACAUCGUCAGCCAGCUUGGCCUUACCAGGGAUCCUCUUGAAGAAAUGGUCCAACUGGAACAAACAAGUCCAAGUCACAGAUCUGCCAGUAGAGAGUCUGAGUCUGGCGAGGCAACACCUACACAGAGCCGUGCAGUUUGCACUCCCCCGCGUAGGAAACCACUGGAGAGUGACUUUGAAACGAUCAAGUUAAUUAGCAAUGGCGCAUAUGGAGCUGUAUUUCUAGUCCGUCACAGGGAAACCCGACAACGCUUUGCCAUGAAAAAGAUCAACCGGCAGAACCUGAUUUUGAGGAACCAGAUCCAGCAGGUGUUCGUGGAACGAGACAUCCUCACUUUUGCUGAAAACCCAUUCGUGGUUUCCAUGUUUUGCUCUUUCGAAACACGGCGGCACCUCUGCAUGGUCAUGGAGUAUGUAGAAGGUGGGGAUUGUGCCAAUCUAUUGAAGAAUAUUGGUCCAUUGCCCGUGGACAUGGCACGCAUGUAUUUUGCAGAGACCGUCCUGGCUUUAGAGUACCUUCACAACUAUGGAAUUGUACACAGAGACCUCAAACCUGACAAUUUGUUAAUCACCUCCAUGGGACACAUAAAACUUACAGACUUUGGACUGUCAAAGAUUGGCCUGAUGAAUAUGACAACCAAUUUGUAUGAAGGUCACAUUGAGAAGGAUACGAGAGAGUUCAUUGAUAAGCAGGUUUGUGGUACCCCAGAGUACAUUGCUCCAGAGGUGAUCCUGCGGCAGGGCUAUGGGAAGCCUGUGGACUGGUGGGCAAUGGGCAUUAUCCUCUAUGAGUUCCUUGUGGGCUGUGUGCCUUUCUUUGGAGAUACACCCGAACAGCUCUUUGGUCAGGUGGUCAAUGAUGACAUCAUCUGGCCUGAGGGGGAAGAUGCACUUCCAGCUGAUGCCCAAAACCUUAUCACCAGACUACUUCGUCAAAGUCCGCUUGAGCGCAUCGGAACUGGUGGAACUACUGAGGUGAAGGUGCACGUGUUCUUCUUGGGUUUAGACUGGAAUGGUCUCCUUAGGCAAAAAGCAGAGUUCAUACCACAAUUGGAGACUGACGAGGACACCAGUUAUUUUGACUCCCGAUCCGAGCGCUACUGUCACCUAGGUUCUGACGAUGAUGAUGAAACGAAUGACGAUGAAUCCUCUCUUGAACUGCGACAGUUCUCCUCUGUGGCCCACCGCUUCAGCAAGGUGUACAGCAGCUCAGAGCACCUGUCCACCUCUACACCAUCCAACCAGAGCUUGUCGUCUUCAGAGCGGAGCCAUAGCGAAGAGAAAGAGGAGCGAUGGGAGAGCAGAGGUGCCUUUUCCCCUGUUGACGGACACAAGCACUUGGCGACUGGAGACAGACCCGAUGGACUCAGGGGAAGUUUGCGUCCUCGUGCCUCAUCCAGUUCCUCCCAGUCUGAGCGCAGUGCAAGCCCGCUGGUAUUAAAUAGUACUCAGAGCCUUGACAUGAUGCCUCGCUUUGCCAUCUCUACUGAGGAGGAGGAUGGCAUGGUCUCCAAUCUGAGGCGCAUUCGUCUACGCAGUAACAGCACAGGCACUAGACCAUCAUUCCGCAGGGGUGCAUCCAGACGCAUCGCCCACCAACUGGAGACUCCAGAAAAACCCAGGCCUCCAACUGGAAAAGUCCCCAAGUCUGCCUCAGUCUCUGGACUUUCCCUUGUCAUUACACCAGAUGACUCAGCGGGUCCUCCUUCCAGCCCCAAGUCGUCUUUAUCUCUGUCAUCCAACCCUUCGUCCAGAGACUCGUCCCCCAGCCGGGAUCUUUCCAUCAACAUCAGCUGCCUCAGGCCUCCAGUGGUCAUCCACAGCUCUGGGAAGAGGUUUGGCUUCGCUUUGCGAGCAAUCAGAGUCUACAUGGGAGACAGUGAUGUCUACACAGUUCACCAUAUGGUCUGGUGUGUGGAGGAGGGCAGCCCAGCACAUGAGGCAGGUUUAAGAGCAGGUGAUCUCAUCACACAUGUCAAUGGGGAAUCUGUACAGGGACUUGUCCAUACCGAGGUGGUAGAGCUUCUGCUUAAGAGUGGAAACAAGGUGACCCUGCAAACCACUGCUUUGGAAAACACUUCUAUUAAAGUGGGUCCCGCCAGAAAGACGAGCUACAAGGCUAAAAUGGCCAGACGCAGCAAAAGAAGCAAAAGGAGAGAUGGGCAGGACAGCCGGCGGCGUAACAUAUUGAAGAAGCUGUCCAAACAUACGCCCCCUCCACCAAUGCAGGGCAGUCGCAGUUUCUCUUCCGGGUUCCACCAGUCAUCCAGCGACAGCCUGUCUGGGUCUCCCACCCAGUCUCUCUCGCCUGGUCCGUCCACCCCCUGCCGUUCCCCUGCUCCUGACCACUCUGGAGAUUCAAGUUCAUCACCCUGCUCCAGUUCCCCUAACUCGCCUGUACCUCAGACUCGUCCCAGCUCCCUUCACGUCUUGGGCCGCUACGCCAAGGCCGGUCGCUGCAAGUCCACGAGCAGUAUCCCGCCUUCCCCGCUGGCCUGCAUCCCACCUCCCCAGCCUCUAUCGCCUCAGUGCUCUCCCUCCUGCCUUCCCAGCCACCCAAAGUCACUGCACGGUUUUCACGGUAAAACGUUGUCCCCUCCCACGAUUGCUCGCCAUUCUGUGCGUCCCCGCAGUGCUGAGCCGCCACGUUCGCCGCUCCUCAAGCGGGUCCAGUCAGCAGAGAAACUGACUGGUGACAAAACAACAGGCGGGUAUCAUUGCGAGAGGAAAGCCUACAGCGCCAGGCGGCAUACGAUGGAGGUGCCUCUCUCUGAGGGUGAAGAUGUGGAGGAAGAGGGAGCCACUGGGUUUGUUUGCGUGGGCGAACAUGGUCGCCAAGGGUUGUACGUCGGGAGCCAAAGAAGUCACCAAGACAUUAUCGGAGGAGGCAACGAGCACCACCGCUACAAUGCUGUGCCACAACACCGGGGCGGUAACCACCACUCUGCGGAGGUGGUGGUGAUGAGGAAGUUGGCUUUGUCUGAGCGCCGGGACUCCUUCAAAAAGCAGGAGGCGGUGCAGGAAGUGAGUUUCGAUGAUUUGGACGAGAGAGAAGCCACACUUCCCGGCAGUCCGCCCAAGACGUGCACGGCCUCCUGGGUCUCGGCUCAGUCAGACUCCAAAUUGAAUGUGGGAGGAAAGGCAACACAGGAUACGCCAACACAGCAAAAAGCCAAGUCGAGAGAUAAAGAAUGGUCUUAGAUUCAGACCACCUUAUGAUAGGUCAAGAUUAACAACCGGUUUCUCCUGGGGGUGUCUGCGUUGCCACCAUACACUGCUCACAAAAAGUUAUUUUGGGGGAUUUCCUGUUAAGUUUCAGGAUGAUCCUAAAAUUCACCAUUAAUUUCACCUUUUAACUUUUGAAUGUGUGUGUCCAAUUGUUCUACAACUAGCUGUUGUCUAACAGGGACUUGAACAGCAAAGUUCCCAACAGAUACCUCAUCCAUGAUUUGACAAAUGCUUUAAAAGGAUGUCCAUGUUUUUACCUUUCAAGUGAUCCCAGGUGAGAUUAAUUAUAGCUACAACACAUUGUCGGUAUAACGUGCAGACAAAAUGCUAAAUUGUGGCUACGAAAUAACAAAUUAUGACCACAAUAUAGCUAUAGUGUGCAAAUUAAAUACUCAUUUGUAACCAACCACGUAAAAUCGUAGUCCAUCUUGAUUGUGUGUGUGUGUGUGUGUGUGUGUGUGUGUGUUUGUAUGUAUGUGUACACACACACAAAAGUAUAUACACUAAUUUGAGAAUAUUUGGAGGCCCGCUCUUUUUUUUUUUUAAUGCCUUGUUGUUCAAAUUAAGGACUGACUCAGGUGCUAAAAAAAAUUGGAUCGGGACAUCCCUACUAAUUUAAGGGUGACUUAUCAUUCCUCUGACCAACUUGGACAUCUGGCGACGCAAUUGGAGUAAUUCCACCACAACAUGUACAAAAAUUCUAUUUUGUGGCUACAAUCUAUUAAAACUCUGGUCACAUAAUAGUUAACAUAAAAUGUUAUGUCCAAACUAAAUUCUAAUUUGUGAGUUUAACAAUUUCCAUGAGCCAUUUAGACUUCUACGUACACAAAUGGAGCACACCUUCACUUGGAAAGUUUUGUGUUGUAGAAGAUUUGCGGUUGAUUUGUUUGUCCAGGAAAAAUUUUGGUUUUUGUGUGUACAUUCGUACCCUAUAUUGUGGGAGCAAAUGAGCAUUUUGUGGCCCCAAGUGAGUAUUUUCUGUGAAUAUCUAAAUUGUGACCACAAUUUUAUAAUGUUUUACCCGUGUCAUGGCAGCAACCUUUAAUGUGCCACACUUAAGCUCGUUGGUCACAUCCUUCUGAGAAAAUCCUUGCGAGUCUUCAGACAUGAUGUCCUCAGAGAAAGCAUCCAUUAUGCUUACAGCAUCCACAGCAGCUUAAAACUGAGAAACUGGAUGUUCUAAGAACUUUACAGAAGUGGAUGUUCUUGGGAGUGUUGUGAAUGUUGCUCUUCAGGGCUAAAAAAACAUGAAGAAGAAAGAAAGUGGGACUUGUGCAUUCAAGAGUUUAGAGCAGGUCAAAUUAAGUUCAAAUUUAAAGGUCAAAAUCACAUUUUAGGUCCAUCCUGAAAUGUCAAAUAAUAUCCCUGAACGUUUUGUGAGCACAGUUGUAUCUUCAUGCCCAGACAACCACAUGUUGCCAGACAUCUGCGAUCAAGUCCCUGGAUCAUCACAAGCUUGAAAAUGGAUAUUUCUUGGUAACAUACGCAUCCUUUAAUACUGUUAAUACAAAUAUGACUGCCCAUCUAUGUUUACCCCAUUGUUGCUUGGUUUGUCUGUUUCGAAAACUCCACGUUAUCUAUGACAAUAAUUUUGUAAAUGUAUUUGUAUUUUAAAUGAAGACGCGUAUUUAUAACUUUGUUUACUCAUCUUGUUUUUGGUUUCUGGGAUGCUUUAGUGCUUGUUUGCAACUGUCUAAAAGUGUUAAUACACAAAAGCGUGAUUUUAUUUUUUAUUCAGUUUUCAACAUUUUGAGGCUUUGAGUUUCAUAAAUCCCUGUCCUCGA